AUGUCAUUGAUGGUAAAUAAAAUUGAAAGACUAAUAGGAAAACCAACAUGCAGUAAGCUCACAACUUUGCUUCUGAAUGAAAAUCGGUUGAAGAAGAUCAGUAGCGGCUUUUUCCAAUCUAUGCGUGCUCUCAAAGUUCUAGACUUGUCAACGAAUAAAUUUUUAGGUGCUUUACCAUUGGAAAUUGGUGAAUUGACUUCAUUGCAGUAUCUGAAUAUAUCUCACACAUGGAUAAGUCGGUUACCAGUUCAGCUCCAAAACUUGGUAAAUUUGAAAAUUUUGGAUAUGGAAGAUACAAAAUGUGAUCAAACUUCAAUACUCCAAAUGAUAGCAGGUUUAUCAUUCUUGCAAGUGUUGAAGAUUAACGGUGUUGUCAUCGACAAUGAAGCUAUGGUAGAGAAAUUGGAUGCUUUGAAAUUCUUAUAUUAUUUGACUAUGACAAUGACAAGUGCCUCUGUUUUCCAAAGACUAAUAAAGUGCGACAAGUUACAGAGCUGCACUCGACGUUUACACUUGCUACGCUUCAGUUGUUGCAUCACUUUCAAUAUAUCUUCUCUGCAAUAUAUGAAGUGUCUAAAUUCCCUUUUUGUCUUGUGUUGGGACGAUUGUGAAGAUUGGGAGAUUGAUUGGAGUGUAGAAGGAAAAGAGAUAGAAACUAGUAAUAAUCCCAUCGACUUUCAUAUCAGAAACCGACCAUGCUUCCACAGCCUUCGUAGAGUAUUCAUAGAUAAUUGCAAAAGGUUGAAAAACGCAAAAUGGAUUCUCUUUGCUCCAAACAUCGAGUCUCUCUCUAUAUCUAGCUGUGAGAAUAUGGAAGAAGUAAUUAGUGCGGAUGCGUGGAUGGAAGCUGCAGAGAAAGGGAAAAUUCCAAAACCAUUUGCAAAACUAAACCAUUUGAUGUUAGGUCGUCUUCCAAAACUAAAGAGCAUCUACCACAAUCCCCUGCCCUUCCCUUGCUUGGUCGUCCUCGAUGUAAGAGAGUGUCCAGAGCUGAAGAAGCUUCCACUCAACUCUGAUAGCGCUAAAGAACAUCGAACUACCAUUUAUGGAGCCAGAGACUGGUUUGAUAAGUUGGAAUGGCUGGACGAAGCCACACGAAAUGCUUUUCGGCAAUGA